UGAUUUCACAUGCCGGCGCCAAUUACGUUGGGUCAAUGUCGAAAUCGAUCACGCAUCUGAUUUGUUGGAAGUUUGAGGGAAGAAAGUAUGAGAUUGCCCAAAAGUUUGAUAUAAUUAUAGUCAAUCAUCGGUGGAUUGAAGACUGCAUUAAAGAAGGAAGGCGCGUGCCAGAAGAGUCAUAUAUCUUGCAAAGUGGAUAUGAAGUUGGGCCAUUGUUACUGGAAGUUCCAAUCAGUGUUCCAGCAACUAGAUUGACAAAAAAUAAAGUUAUAACUCAUCAAAUAUAUGAUAUUGACUCUGGAGAGCAAACAACUGAGAUCAGUUUUGGAGCUUCGGAAAAUUCUGUUUGGGAAGAUUUAAAUACAAAGCAUGACAAGUCCAUUGCUUAUCCUUCUAGACGGUCAAGGAAAGGAAAAAGAAGUAUCUGUGCUGGUAAUGGAGGUUGUACUGUGGCUGAACCUUCUCCUAAAGGCAGAAGGAUUGUAAACAAUAUUGUUGAUGAAGUGGUGUUGGACCCUUUAUUGGAUGUGGUCCCGGACAACCACCAUAAUAGAUGGGAUAGACGAAACCAUGAUGCUGCAGCUACCACUAGCCUUUGUAGUGGUGUCAAUAAGGGAAAUACAAUUGAAAAUGGAGAAACAACAGAUGCCGGAUUGUCUACUCAAAAUGAAACUAUCAAUGGAACUUCAGAUAGCAUUGAAGAGAUCGAUCAUUCGAACAAUGUAUCAGCUCUUAGAAGUUCAACUUUCUCUGUAGAGUAUCACCUACCUAUGACGCAAAUGUCGACAGAUACAUGUUCUUCUGCUGAAAAGUUCACAGAUGAUUGUCAGGAUGAACAUGUUGCUGGCUUACCUACAUCCAGUGAGUUAUCCUGUGUUAUCUGUCACGCAGAUUUCAGCGCAACAAGGGGAAUUCUUCCAUGUGGACAUCGAUUUUGUUUUGAAUGCAUUCAUAGUUGGGCUAAUCAUAGGACUUCAACGAGGAAAAAUGCAACCUGUCCUUUGUGCAAGGCAAGUUUUCAGUCGAUCAAGAAGGUUGAGCAUGCAGAUAAAAUUGAUCAAAAAGUAUACACCCAGACAGUCCCAUGUCACAAUUCAGCUGAAGAUGUUUUUAUCGCUCCACAUCAAGGAUUUCCCGAUUACCCUUUUGAGUUUGUGGUGGUCUGGAACCAGAGGAUCUCCUUGACAGGUGUGAUAUUUGCCAAACUCGAAGAAUCCAUAUCUAUUGCCUGGACCCUCCUAUAACUCCAUGGAUAUGCAAUCCCUGCAACCAACUACGGAGAAGUUACUAUGAUCGCUCGUAUUAAUUUCCAUCAUUUCUUCAGUUUAUCCAGAGUAAGUGCCAUUCUUGGUACAUCACUGUUGCUGAGCUUCUUGUAAUUUUAAAGAAAAAAAAAUUGUUGGUGGCAUUUUCUAAGCGAUUUCAUUUUCUACAUCUAUUGCACCAAUUUAAUUUGCCUUUUCAUAUUGAACUUAAUCUAAUUGUGAGAUUUAGCAAUAGUAUGCAAGGAUUCAAUUGAUUUUGCUUGUGAAUUUCUGUAAGGAUUGUUCAACUGCACGUUCAUGGGUAUGAAACAAGCACCUGAGUACAUGUAAAAUGUAAAAUGUAAUUUAACGUUACUGUCUAAUAUUGAAUCUAGCUAUGCUUGUUAUUAUCAGCA